AUGUCAUCAAAACUACCGAUUACUAAAAAGACAAGAAUGUCGGAUUUAAUAAAUUAUAGAUUAAAAAUUACAACAAUUGAUAAUAGAAUAUAUAUUGGAUCAUUAUUAUCAUUUGAUAAAUUUAUGAAUUUAGUAUUAUCAGAUUGUGAAGAAUCAAGAAUUACAAAAAAGAGUUGGCAAGAAUUGAAAAAAAAUAAUAAGAAUAAAAACAAGAGACCGACUAUAACCACUAAAAAUACUCCAUUAUUUCCAACUGAAAUACCAAAAAUUAACAAACCGGAUGUUGUAAAAAGACAAUUAGGUUUAAUAAUAUUAAGAGGUGAGCAAAUUGUUAAUUUUACUAUUGAAACUGGUCCAUUAAUUGAUUUAAAAACAAGAAUUGCAAAUGGUAAAAAAAAUAGAAUUAUAAAACAACCAAUUGGUAAAUUAAAAAAAAUUGCAUAA